AUGGUGUCCCAGGGCCAGGCUCACCUGGACCCCGAGGAUGUGGGUCUCUGGGACUUCAAGGCUCAGAUGGAGGUGCAGUUGAUCUUCCAAGUGUGGGAUUGCUUCCAUGCAAGCAGGAAGGAGGGACAGUGGUGGUGAGCGACCUUAUUGGAUGGCCCUCUGGCCAUGCUCCACAGAGUGUUAGAAGCUCUUCCCCAGAUGCAGGCUGAGGCCAACGCACCAGGCACCUUCCCAAUUAGAGUCAGCCAGAAGUCAGGCGCCAACUGCAUCCUUUCAGUUCUGGGGGCAGGGGCUUCUAGCUUUGCCCAGAGUGGGGUAGAAGCCCCUGCCCCCUUGUGUGCAGCUUGGCACCCACAGCACUAUUGA